CGUAAAAUAAAAAAACUCAAAUCAUACAACGUAACGCACACGCACUUGAUCAUAAAUACCCCGCCACAACCACAACUACCAUGCGAAAGCAAUCGGAUUUCGCCAUUACGACGCGGCGAGAUUCAAAUUUCAGACUCAACUCAACUCGGUCUCUCUCGUCUCGGUUCCAACGGUCAGCCAUGGCCACCAUCCACUGUAUAGCUUCUCAGAGCUUCCUUUCUCACCCAAACCACAAACCCCGAAAACCCAUUACCGCACAUCCAAAACCCAUCUCGACCUCCAAUUUUCCCACCUCCAAACUCCCAAAAAACCCAUCUUUCCCGAGAAACAAACAGAAAAGCAGGUGGCUUCUGAACUCGGUGGUCGAGCGAGAAGAGCGUGAUGUGAUUCCCGUUCAGAGCACCGACUGUACGGACCAGAAGGAAGGGGCGGUGGCGGCGAGGAGGGCGGAUAGCGACGGCGGGGAUCAGGGGGAGUUAGUGAGUCAGGUGGGCGGGUUCGGAGAAAGUGAGGGGAGGCUUUCGUUUGAAGGUGCUGGUGGUUUUGGGUCUUCUGGGGUUGGAAGUGAGAGGGAGAGUGAGGAAUUUGAGAGGCUGGUAGAUAGGACUAUCAAUGCCACUGUUGUGCUUGCAGCUGGUACUUUUGUUCUCACUAAGUUGAUCACCGUCGAUCAGGAUUACUGGCAUGGUUGGACUCUAUAUGAGAUCCUACGGUAUGCACCUCAACACAACUGGUCUGCUUAUGAGGAAGCUCUCAAGACUAACCCAGUUUUAGCCAAAAUGGUGAUUAGUGGUGUCGUGUACUCUGUAGGGGACUGGAUUGCACAGUGCUUUGAAGGAAAACCUUUACUUGAAUUUGAUCGAACGCGAAUGCUCAGAUCAGGUCUUGUUGGAUUUACUCUCCAUGGUUCCCUCUCUCACUACUAUUACCAGUUAUGCGAGGAGCUUAUUCCUUUCCAAGACUGGUGGGUGGUUCCUGCCAAAGUAGCCUUCGACCAAACUGUAUGGGCAGCGAUUUGGAACAGCAUUUACUUUACAGUUUUGGGAUUUUUGCGUUUUGAAUCUCCCAUCAGUAUUUUUAGUGAACUUAAAGCAACAUUUUGGCCGAUGCUGACAGCAGGGUGGAAGCUUUGGCCAUUUGCGCAUCUUGUUACCUAUGGUGUGAUCCCCGUCGAACAAAGGCUCUUAUGGGUGGACUGUGUAGAGUUAAUCUGGGUGACUAUACUCUCAACCAUCAUGUCUUCGGUAGAUUUUACAUCAAACAUUGCUGAUAAUUUCUGUUUGCUAGUUACUCAAAUGAAAAAUCAGAAGCAAGAAUUUCCGAGGCACCAGCUGAAGCAAAUUCCAGUUCUUCAGACACAGGUCCUCUUGAGGAGUAAACAAAUUGAAAACGACUAGAAGAUCAGAGACGGAUACAUACAUGAGGGAAAUUGCUCAAUGAGUGUGUGUAAAAACUAAAAGAUCGAUUCCAUGAUGGACCACGACUGCAAAGGUGAAAUACCUAGCGAUGUGGAAAUAUGCCUUGGCUGGUUGUUUAUUGUAUAUAUACUGCACCGAUCUCAGAACAUGCACAUGUACGUGAUCUGUAUAGUUUGGGGAAAGUUGGAUAAAAUUUUCACAAUUGAGAUGUGUUUUCACGUU